AUGGCUACGCUCAACGUCCUCUCGUUCGAUCCUGACGGCCGCCAGAUAGAGUUCGCCACGUGGCUCAAUGCCUGCAGCUCUAACAGCCUCACUCAUUCCCAGUGGCAGACCCGCGACACUGCUGCUCGCCUAGCUAUUCGCAACCACCUGCUGUUAACUGAACGUGCUCACUUCGGCCAGCACAAAACCGCGAAGGACCUGUACGCCGCUAUAGCCGCUUGCUACUCUUCCCCUGCCAUUGCUGCUCUCAUCCGCCUUAUCCUACCCUACCUGUUCCGGGAGCUGUCCUCCUUUUACACAAUUGAGGACCUCAUCUCCCACCUUCGCACUAGUGACGUUCGCUACCGCGCCGCUCUCCCAGACGUGUUCCUAGCCGCGAAUCCGCCCCCGAUGUACAUCACGCUAUACUUCCUAGUCACCUGCCUCCCUGACUCGCUUCGUACGGUCAGGGACCACUUUCACGCUCUUGACCCUACUGCCCUCACCGUCAAAGACUUCGACAAGCACCUCCUUGCAGCAAAGAAGGGCAUUGUCGCUGUAGAUGUUGCUCGUGGCACUCCUUGCACUCCCCUCUUCGAGGGGUGUUCCCCCUCCCCCCUUGCCCCCUCCUACGCUUCUGCUGCUGCUGUUGACUUCCUUGGGCAAGGGCGGCGGGGGGGGGCGGUGGUGGAGGCGACGGGGGUGGUGGAGGUGGCGGAGGUGGCGGUGGGAGUGGUGGCGGGAGUGGAGGCGUCGGUGGCGGUGGUAGCGGCAGCAGUAGGAGUGGAGGCGGCGGAGGUGGAGGCAGUGGGAGCGGUAGUGGUGGAGGCAGCAGUGGCGGCGGUGGCGACAGUGGGAGCGGUGGCGGCGGCAGUGGUGGCGGUCGGGGUGGAGCCUUUCAGAGGGGGGGCUCUGGUGGUGGCCAGCGGCAGCAGCAGCAGCAACAACGUCCGUGCGAGACCCUUACGCCCCAGCAGCUUCACAUGCGGGAAGUUUCACACCGAGUACCACUGCUUCUCCCGUCUUGAUGACGCCUAG